AUGGGACGCUUCACAGAAUACCUCGUCAUCGGGCGGCACUUGCCGACCGAGAAGGAGCCUACUCCUAAGCUCUACCGGAUGCGGAUCUUCGCUCCGAACGCCGUCGUUGCCAAGUCGAGGUUUUGGUACUUCGUCAGGCAGCUUAGGAAGAUGAAGAAGGCCACUGGUGAGAUCGUUGCUGUCCACCCGAUUCACGAGGCUAAGCCCCUUAAGGUCAAGAACUUCGCGAUCUGGCUCCGUUACAACUCCCGUUCGGGCACCCACAACAUGUACAAGGAGUUCCGUGAGCUCACCCGCGCCGACGCAGUUGAGUCUAUGUACCAGGACAUGGCUGCCCGCCACCGCGCGCGUUUCGCGUCGAUCCACAUCCUCAAGAUCGCCGAGAUCGAGAAGACUUCGGAUAUUCGCAGGCCAUACAUCAAGCAGCUCAUCACCCCGAAGCUUCGCUUCCCGCUUCCUCACCGCCGCUCUCGCGCGGCUGGCGUCUACGCUGCCAACAGGCCUUCGACUUUCUACUAA